GUGUUGAAUUGAGUAGUAGAGUUUGACUUGCGUCGACCAUCUUCUUCCUCAUUUAAAUUUAAACCCUUUCUCUCUCCUUCCAUGAGCAUGUGAUGUGGUAGUGUAGCAAUUACUACUCUUCCAGCCCACGUUUCCCACUCUUCGAAAUCGUAAAUGCCUUCCAAUUCUAUAAUUCAGACACGCGCAUUCAGCAAAACUCAACAACAAGGGUUUCUGGAGUGCAGAAGGUAAUGCCGGUGCUGUCUAAACGGAGGUGGCGCACUCUACUCUUUCUUAGGCGUCUGCUAACAUGCGCCAUAGGCGCCAUAGCCCUUAUGGCGCUCCUUUCUUCCGUACACGUCCAAGAAGUUACCAACUUGCCUACUGAUCCAUCCUACAAGCUUCCUGCGCAACAUGAAACCGGGUACCAAAAACUGAGCCGAGAGGGAAGCUGGAUGCAAGAGUUUGCUCCUCCGCAUUUGUUGGUGGCUCCUGUCACUGCUCAUAAGUUGGGUGGCGCAAGCAUGACCUUGGAUUUGGACAAGUUGUGGAAGCAACCACCUAAUAGAGACUAUGUACCUUGCAUUAAACCAAGUUCAUCUUAUAAAACUCCUCCAGAAUCUCGUGGUUACCUACUUGUACAUGCAAAUGGGGGUCUUAAUCAAAUGAGAGCAGGGAUAUGUGAUAUGGUUGCUAUUGCACGCCUGAUAAACGCUACGCUUGUGAUUCCUGAGCUAGAUAAACACUCGUUUUGGCAAGAUUCUAGCAACUUCUCUGAUGUCUUUGACGAAUACCAUUUUAUCACUUCUUUAGCUGAUGAUGUGAAAAUUAUAAAUAAACUUCCCAAGGAAUUGGCAAAUGCCACUAGGGCAGUGAAACAUUUCAGAAGUUGGUCUGGAGUAGAAUACUACGAACAAGAGAUAGCAAGCAUGUGGGAAGAAUAUAAGGUGAUACGAGCCGCAAAAUCUGAUUCCCGGUUGGCGAACAAUAACCUUCCUCCUGACACUCAGAAAUUGCGAUGCCGUGCUUGCUAUGAAGCCCUUCGCUUUGCUCCUCAAAUUGAGAGUAUGGGGAAGUUGUUGGUAGAGCGAAUGAGGUCAUAUGGUCAUUACAUUGCUUUGCAUUUACGGUUUGAGAAGGACAUGCUUGCCUUUAGUGGCUGUACCCAUGAUUUAUCCCCAGAAGAGGCUGAGGAGCUAAAGACUAUUAGGGAAAACAUGACUUGGUGGAAGAUAAAAGAUAUUGAUCCUGUAGAACAGAGAGCCAAAGGGUAUUGUCCUCUAACUCCGAAAGAGGUCGGAUUGUUUCUUAGUACUCUUGGUUUCCCAUCAAGUACCCCGAUAUAUGUUGCAGCUGGAGAAAUAUAUGGAGGCGAAUCUCGUAUGGCUGAUCUUCAGAUUCGAUAUCCUAUAAUAAUGAACAAGGAAAAGUUAGCAUCAGUGGAGGAACUAGAACCCUUCAUCAACCAUGCAUCACAGAUGGCUGCACUUGACUAUAUUGUCUCAGUCGAAAGUGAUAUUUUCAUCCCGACAUAUUUUGGCAAUAUGGCAAAGGCAGUUGAGGGCCAUCGUCGAUUUCUAGGUCACAGGAAAACAAUUUCUCCAGAUAGGAAAGCACUCGUUCGGCUGUUUGACAAAAUUAACGGGGGAACAAUGAAAGAAGGCAAAAAUCUGUCAAAUAGAGUGAUUGAUAUUCACAGGAGGAGGCAAGGAUCUCCAAGGAAGAGAAAGGGCCCCCUAACCGGAACAAAGGGAACGGAUAGGUUUCGUUCUGAAGAGGCAUUCUAUGUGAACCCUUUACCAGAUUGUUUAUGUCAGAAGGAAGCUUUACCUGCACAUCAGAAUACUACUCUUAUUAUCAAAUAGAUGGUUGCUUCAAACAUUUCUCUAAUUAUCAGCCAAUACAAAGUUGGGUUCGCAGGUUUAAUUCAAGCGCACAUAAGGAUAAGGUGGGGUUCCAACCGUGCAUAUUCUGAUUAAUAUGUGGUCGGAAAAUCUAUAGAAUUGGAUUUUUGUACAUAUUAAGGUAGAUUAGUAAAUAGUAGUAAUUCAUAUUGGAUGCUAGGGUGAUUUUGUUUCAAUGUAGUUCAAAAUGAGUAUUUUAAUUUUUUGUUGAUGGUAAUUUUUACCUAUUUUUAAAACUAUAAGACACAAAAAAUCCCCGCUGUAAAAGUACCUACGUACGUUUAGUAUAAAAGGAUAAAGUUGUCAUUACUUAA